GCGUUGUUUUGAUGAAUAAGAGACUUUGUGUCAGGGGCAGGCCUCUCCACAGAGGCAGGCAGCAGGCUGAAGGAAGAAUAACCCUCCAUCCCGCCCUCCACCAACCUCCCCCCGCGUUCCCUCUAACACUCUCACACAAACUAUGCACCUCUGCUGAAAAAUAUACGGCUUUUUUCUUUUAAAAAAACGCGAAAAAUAUACUUAAAGAAUGGAAGAACUAAGUGCUGAUGAGAUCCGCAGAAGACGUCUUGCACGACUAGCUGGCGGACCAACGUCGCAGCCCACCACGCCGUUAACUUCCCCACAGCGAGAAAAUCCACCAGGCGUGUCUGCAGCAACACCAGGGAUGUCUCAAAACCUGGGCCUGAGUGUACAUAGUGUGACUCCUGCCACAUCACCAAUUGGAGCAACAGGUGUUGCACACAGAAGCCAGAGCAGCGAAGGAGUCAGCUCACUCAGUAGUUCCCCAUCAAACAGCCUUGAAAACCAGUCUCAGAGUCUUUCCCGAUCUCAAAGUAUGGAUAUUGACAGUGUGUCCUGUGAGAAAAGGUACUUAAUGUUCAGCAGCAUGUCCCAAGUGGAUGUGGACUCCGGAAUUGAAAAUAUGGAAGUUGAUGAGGGUGAUCGCAGGGAAAAACGGAGCCUGACUGAUAAGGAACCGUCUUUGGGGUCAGAUGUGUCAGAAGAGCAAGCACUUUCGCUUAUCUGUAAAAUUUUCCGAGUCUCCUGGAAGGAACACGACCGAGAUGUAAUUUUCUUGCCUGGUCUGGCUGCAGAGUUUAAACAGAGUGCAAAAGAAGUUUUUUCAGACUGGAAGGACUUAAUUGGCCAGAUUCUGAUGGAAGUCCUGAUGCUGUCCACUCAAAUGCCAGAAGACAACCCAUUUGCCAGUUUGACUGCUACGUCUCAGCCAAUUGCAGCUGCUGCACGGUCACCGGAUAGGAGCUUGCCACUUAUCCCUUUGUCAAGUCAAGGAACAAGUCCUAUGUUUUGUAGUCCGGGUUCUUUUGGCGCCAGUUCUUUAUCAAGUGUGGGCACAAUUGGCACUUGUUCAGAGUCUGGCAGCGAUCGUUUCACAAUUGAAGCGUGUAAGGAGACGGAGAUGUUGAACUACCUCAUAGAGUGCUUUGACAGAGUUGGAAUAGAAGAGCGGAAAGCUCCAAAGAUGUGCAAUCAACCAUGUGUCAGUCAGCUGCUCAGCAACAUCCGAUCCCAGUGUAUUUCCCAUGCUGCUCUCGUGUUGCAAGGAUCCCUCACACAGCCGAGGUCACUGUUGCAGCAGUCAUUGCUAGUGCCCUACAUGCUGUGUCGGAAUCUUCCAUAUGGCUUCAUUCAAGAGCUGAUUAGAAUGACUCACCAGGACCAAGAGGUAUUCAAACAGAUCUUUAUUCCAAUUAUUCAAGGCCUGGCAUCAGCCGUGAAAGAAUGCUCCUUGGAUGGUGAUAACUUCAAGUAUCCACUUGUGGCAUUACAAGAACUGUGUGAAAUUAAGUUUGGGAAAACUCAUCCUGUGUGCACUUUGGUGAUAUCAUUGCCGUUGUUUUUGCCUGAUCCUUUGAGUCAAGGCACAGGCAGAGAGCUGCAAAGGCUGUCAUUCCUUGGUGCUUGCUUCAGCCUGUCUGUAUUUGCUGAGGAUGAUACGAGAGUUGUGGAGAAAUAUUUCUCUGGGCCUACACUUACACUUGAAAAUACUCGAGUUGUCAGUCAAUCCUUGCAACACCAUCUGGAAUCGGCCAGGAAUGAUCUUUUCAAAAUUUUGCACAACAUCUUGCUUAAUGGUGAGACCAGAGAGAGUGCUUUAAAUUAUAUGGCGGCAGUGAUAAAUCGCAACAUGAAGAAAGCACAAAUGCAAACAGAUGACCGGAUGGUAUCGACAGAUGGAUUCAUGCUGAAUUUUCUUUGGGUGCUUCAGCAACUGAGCACAAAGAUCAAGUUAGAAACUGUAGAUCCAAUGUAUAUUUUCCACCCAAAAUGUCGUAUCAACAUUCUAGCAGACGAGACUCGUGUGAAAGCCUCGAUGGACGAAAUUAAAAGUUGGCUUGCAGAGCUCAAUGAUCAGUCAACGUUUGCCGAGCCAAAGUUCCCAACAGAAUGUUUUUUCCUGACGCUACAUGCCCAUCAUCUUGCUAUCUUGCCAAGUUGCCGACGUUAUAUACGAAGACUACGAGCUAUUCGAGAUCUCAACAGGACCGUUGAGGAACUGAAAAAUAGUGAAAACCAGUGGAAAGAUUCUCCAUUGGCAAACAGACAUAGAGAGAUGUUGAAACGAUGUAAAACUCAAUUGAAGAAAUUGGUGCGGAGUAAGGCUUGUGCUGAUGCAGGUUUGUUGGAUGAACAUCUGUUGAGGAGAUGCCUCCAGUUCUAUGGCACGUUAAUUCAACUGAUCUUUCGCCUGAUUGAUUCGCGCUACCCAGACAUGACACUGCCCCUUAAUCCUGAUAUCCCCAAGGUGUUUGCAGCAUUGCCUGAAUUCUACUUGGAAGAUAUUGCUGAAUUUUUGCUGUUUGUUGUACAAUAUUCCCCUCAGGUUUUAUACGAGCCAUGUACUCAGGAUGUCGUGACCUUCCUUGUUGUAUUCACCUGUAGUCAAAACUAUAUCCGAAAUCCUUAUCUAAUUGCCAAGCUUGUGGAAGUCGUAUUUGUGACCAACCCGACAGUUCAGCCUCGAACACAGAAGUUCUAUGAAAUGAUGGAAAAUCACCCAUUAGCCACGAAACAACUUGUGCCUGCAUUAAUGAAAUUUUACACAGAUGUUGAACAUACUGGAGCAACAAGUGAAUUCUAUGACAAGUUCACUAUCCGUUAUCACAUCAGCACAAUAUUUAAGAGCCUUUGGCAGAACGUAGCGCAUCAAGGCACCUUUAUGGAAGAGUUUAAUUCUGGAAAGCAAUUUGUCCGUUACAUCAAUAUGUUAAUAAAUGAUACCACAUACCUGCUGGAUGAGAGCCUGGAUUCUCUUAAACGUAUCCACGAGGUGCAGGAAGAAAUGAAGAACAAAGAGCGUUGGGACGCGUUACCCAGGGAUCAGCAACAGAGCCGGCAGUCCCAGCUGACUCAAGACGAGCGUGUCUCCCGUUCAUACCUCGCUCUUGGUGCCGAGACUGUGGAUAUGUUCCAUUACCUCACGAAACAAGUGCAAAAACCUUUCCUUCGACCCGAGCUUGGGCCGCGUUUAGCAGCAAUGCUGAACUUCAACCUGCAGCAGCUGUGUGGUCCGAAAUGCCGUGACCUAAAAGUAGAAAACCCGGAGAAGUAUGGUUUUGAACCGAAGAAGCUUUUGGAUCAGUUGACUGACAUCUACCUGCAUUUGGAUUGUCCCAGAUUUGCAAAAGCCAUUGCUGAUGACCAGCGAUCGUACAGUAAAGAACUCUUUGAUGAAGUCAUUUCGAAAAUGAGAAAAGCAGGAAUUAAAUCAACAAUAGCUAUAGAAAAGUUCAGGCUGCUGGCAGAAAAGGUAGAAGAGAUUGUGACAAAGAAUGCCCGUGCGGAAAUCGACUACGGUGAUGCACCAGAUGAGUUCAGAGAUCCACUGAUGGACACCCUGAUGAAUGAUCCUGUCAGGCUGCCUUCAGGAACGAUAAUGGACCGCUCCAUUAUUUUAAGACAUUUACUGAAUUCUCCAACUGACCCAUUUAACCGCCAACAUUUAACAGAGAAUAUGCUAGAGCCAGUGCCUGAACUAAAGGAAAAGAUCCAUGCCUGGAUGAAAGCGAAGCAACAUUCAAAUCGCUUUUUGCAGUGAUGUUUCAUGGAAGAUGGAUCCAAUGCGAGAUGUUUGUAGUUCUGAGUGUAGACCACCAGUAUAUUGAGACCCAAGAGAAAAUCUGCUCCACAAUGAAUUGUUGCAGGCAGGACUGCUGCACUCGUAUUAAAAAGGGUGAACUGAAAACAUUAGAAAAAUGUUAUGUCGCUGUAAAUAAAUUUAAUUUAAAAGAACAAACAAUUUAAAGGAGAAAAAGUUCAGAGGUGUAGGGUACAAGUUAAAAUACCUUUUUCAGUACAGCAACAUGUGACCAGUCCAAGUGUAACAGUGGUGUACUCGGAUCUGUAAUUUGGAAACUAAAAGGGUCUGAGCAACGAUGUUUUUUAAACGACUGUAUUAACGGAAGAUGGUCUGUAUUUUAGGUUGAAAUUAUUACUGUAUCUUGUGCCCAGUCGCUGCUGAAGGGACUGUUUUGUUUGCUGCACUAAAUGUUCUUCAAAACCAAAGUGAUGCACAGGCCCUAUCCCUAAAAACUGAUGUUUUAAUUAUGAGGCAUAAUCUGUUGGCUCACAGGAUUAAAGGUGAGACUAUUGAAUUCUAUUUGUUUAUCAUUAAUUUAUAUUUUUUCUAGCUGCCUCUCUCCCUCCUGUUCCACUUUAUGCAUAGACUUGUUUGCAAACACUGUAGCUAAGAAGUUACGACUCUCCUCCGUUUCUACCAACCAUGUUUUACGGCCAUUGCUUUUUCCACUGUAUGAGCUGCAUUAUUGGGAUAUUUUGAUUGCAAUAAGGUUUUCUCAAGACAUGCUCUGAGAAGCAUCCUAAAUGCAGGAGCCAUUCGAUUUCCUUCCUCUCCCGGAGGGCCUUUAUUGUGACAGCACACCAGAGGGCACUCUUGUUUUCCAAGAGUUCUUCAGCCUUACACUGAAAUGUUCCAAAUGGUAUAGUUCAUGCCAAAAAUGACUGCAGAUGCUGGCAAUCAGGAAUAAAAGCAGACAGCGCUGCACAUCCUCGUUUGAUCAGGCAGCAUCUGUUCAUUAUUGUUGAUGCUCUCGAGUAUCUGACUUGUGAAUAGAAAGAAAAUCAAGAUUUUUUUUUUGUCUGCCCUAUUGUAUUCACUCCUGUUAAUUUGAGCUUUUAAUUCAUGUUGGUUGUCUACAUUUUCUGAAUAAUUUUUUUAUCUCAUUUACAUUUUGUAUAAUUUGCUGCAGAGUUGGUUAUUUCAACUGUCCUGAAUUGUAGCAAACUGAAGUAAUGUGAAGUUACUUUGCAUUUUGGAAAUCUUAUUUGCAAGUUAAAUAAAGUAUGGAAGAAAAAUCCUAAA